GUGGCGCAAGGUGAGAGGUCUGGUCCAAGUUCACCCACUUAUGUUUGCUCUCCACCAAUGAUGCAUUCCCAUUUGAUUCCGCCGCACGUUUUUUGGUAAUCUCAAGGAACUUCUCCUCUAUCAAUCGCAACAUCACUGUCUUGAGGUGUAGCUUUCUAAUCCAUCAAACGCCGCAGUUUCAUGAACCUCAAACUAGUCCACCCUUUCUCUUCAAACCCUCCGCCCACCUCUCAUGUCCUAAUCAAUACCCCAAUCCUUAAUACGCAAGUUAUCUACCUUCUGUCUCCUCUGAUUUUCCACCAAAUAUAUGUGAUGAUUUUUUCUGGGUCUUAUUUAUUUUUUCUUCUGUGGCUUCCUUUCAUUAAACCCUCGAACUUUGCUCUCCUUCAAACUUUUUCAUACUUCUUACGAGAAAAAAGUUUUGAAAUUUUGACAAUCAUAUUUCUUUCACAUUAUUAUCUGGUUUUUUUUUUUCGUUUUUUGAUAAAUUACUUUGAACUGUUUUUGCGGCUUUGAUUGAGGCUUUGUAUGAAUUAUUGGAAAGACCAAAAACGGUGGGAGUGUGUACAGGAACGAUGGUGUUUCUGGUUCCUAUGUGGGUAGCCUUUGUUAUUGGAGUUGUGGUUGGAUGGACAUGGAAACCCAAAUGGGCAACCGUGGGAAGAGACAAAUUGAGCUGUUUUGUGUCAAAAGCCUUCGAUUUAUCAUCGUUUUCAUUGCCCUCUUGCACUACGGAUAAUGGGAAGGAUAAGAGACAGUCCUCUGUAUCACCUGCUGAAUUUGAAGAUUGCAGUAUGUCACAGCACCAGGAAGAAAAGCCUAAUGCAGUGACUGAGGAGGAUUUAGAACAUUUAUGCCAGCUUGUAGAGAUGAAAGAUGGGGGUCCUCCUUGGAUACGUAUGAUGGAUCGCGCCGCCCCAAAUAUGAGCUACCAAGCAUGGCGAAGAGAUCCUGAUCGUGGUCCUCCACAAUAUCGUAGCAGCACUGUCUUUGAGGAUGCCACACCAGAGAUAGUUAGGGACUUAUUUUGGGAUGAUGAGUUCCGAUUAAAUUGGGAUGACAUGCUUGUAUCUGCUAAAACUAUAGAAGAGUGUCCCACCACAGGAACCAUGAUAGUGCAGUGGAGACGGAAGUUUCCCGUAUUCUGUAAAGACAGAGAAUACAUAAUUGGCCGUCGAAUUUGGGAAUCAGGAAGAUCAUAUUACUGUGUGACAAAGGGAGUACCUUGUCCUUCCGUCCCAAGGUGUGACAAACCAAGACGUGUUGAUCUUUAUUACUCAAGUUGGUGCAUUCGAGCUGUGGAAUCAAAAAGAGGUAAUGGCGAGCUUACUGCCUGUGAGGUGCUACUCUUCCAUCAUGAAGAUAUGGGUAUUCCAUGGGAAAUUGUAAAGCUUGGAGUACGGCAAGGAAUGUGGGGAGCUGUCAAGAAGAUCGAACCUGGCUUACGCGCCUACCAAAAAGCAAGAGCAUCAGGUGCACCACUCUCUCGGCCAGUCUUUAUGGCUCAGAUCAACUCCAAAAUAAGUUCAGAGCACGUGAGAUCGUUGGGAGGCAGUGACGAUUUGUCAGAGACGCAAAUAGCAUCUUCAUCUGACAAACCAUCAGGGAGGAAUAUAUCAAAGCUCCUCAUCUUUGGUGGGGCUGUUGUACUUGCUUGUAGUCUUGAUCGGGGGCUCUUGACUAAGGCAGUUAUAUUUGGCGUGGCCAGAAGGUUUGGAAAUAUAGGAAAUAGACUGUAAGUGAAGUGCGGCUAGAAUCUUUCUAAGAAUGUCAAAUGCUAGCUCAUAUCUAAGUCAUCCCGUUCAAGAGAGACGCUCUAUCAAAAUUCUCUGUGGCCUCUACUGUCUCUAUUAGAUUAUAUGGAUUCAUUGUAUAUACUUAAAAGCAGCAAUUUUCUUGUAGAAUACCAGGCUGCCUAAUUCCAGUCAGUUCAGGGUUUGUCUUUGUUCA